AUGGUGACCGACAGCGAGACCGCAGCUGAACGAGUAGCCAAAUGCUUGCGAAGUCUAGCAGACAAAUUCCCAGAUUCUGGCGGUGCGACUGAGGCCUGGCGAAAUGUCGAUGAUGUUGCGUACGCCCUCUCUCAGAUCUCUCUAUUUACACCAAGGCCCAUCAAGAUCAUCGCGAUAGGUGCCGGCUUUGCUGGGUUAGAGAUCGCACACGCUGUGGAGUCUGGUGCCCUGCCGGGAGCCGAGCUAGUAAUAUAUGAAAAGGACUCUGGGAUCGGAGGAACCUGGUUCGAGAACAGAUAUCCAGGGUGCGCCUGCGAUAUUCCGGCCCAUAAUUACCAGUUUUCUUGGGCACCUAAUCCACAUUGGAAAAGCUUUUACGCCGACCGGAACGACAUAUACAACUACGUUCAGUCUGUUGCAGAGCAGAAUGACUUGAAGAAAUAUGUUAAUCUAUGUCACAAAGUCACAAAUGCUGAGUGGAACGAAGUGAAACAGCGAUGGCAGGUAACGGUGCAGAAAAUGGACGGCAGGGAGAUCGCGAUUUCUAGCCCUGGAGUCGUUGAAGGAGAAACCGAUGAAACGAUCAAUACUGACUGCGAUAUUCUGAUCAACGCCGCUGGAUUUUUUAACAAUUGGAAGUGGCCCGCCAUUCCAGGGCGACAAAGCUUCCAUGGAGAUAUGUUGCACUCGGCUGCUUGGCCGAAGGACGCAGAGAAGAGCCUUGAUGGCAAAACCGUGGCAUUGAUUGGUAACGGUAGUAGUGGCAUUCAGAUCUUGCCCGCCAUCAUCGAUCGCGUACAAAAGGUCUAUGUGCAUAUCCGCAGUGCGACCUGGGUAACAACGGGCCUUGCGGAAAAAUUCGCUGGCCCGAAUGGCAGUAAUCUGGUAUUUAGCGAGGAACAAAAAAGACAAUGGGCGGAGAAUACUGAGGAGUACCUUCAAUACCGAAAGGAAGUAGAGGAUUCGAUGAGUUCGAGGUUUCGCCUGUACAUGGCAGGCUCCAAGAUUCAAGAAGCGGCACGCAAGUUUUCUACUGAACAAAUGACUCGGAAAUUGACUGAGGGUGGAAAGGUGGAGCUGGCAAAACUUCUCUUGCCGACAUGGGAAGUUGGAUGCCGACGCCCGACCCCAGGCAAUGGAUAUCUCGAAGCUCUUUGCUCGGACAAAUGCGAAGUCGUAUUUGGUGACGUUGCUGCUUUCACUCCAGACGGGCUGCGCAUUGCGAGCGGUGCCGAAUUCAAAGUUGACGCCGUCAUAUGUGCCACGGGAUUUGAUCUUUCCUGUGUACCAAGAUUCCCAAUCAUAGGGAGAAACGAAGUUAAUCUACAAGACAGCUGGAGAAACAAUCCGGAGUCAUACCUGUCUGUGACUGCAGCAGAUAUGCCCAACUAUUUUACAGUCAUCGGCCCCGCAAGCCCCCUCGGUCACGGCAGCCUCAUCCCUUCCAUCGAAUUCGUCGCUGCAUAUAUAUGCGACCUCGUACGAAAACUACAAACGCAGAAUUACUCGUCUGUGUGCCCAAAGCCCCACAUCCCCAGAGCAUAUCAGAAGCAAUCACUCGCCUGGCUUGACCGCACGGUAUGGGCGUCAAACUGUGCGAGCACAUUCAAGAACGGGACAGUCGACGGCAAACUUGUGUCUCUUCACCCGGGCUCGAGGUUACAUAUGUUUAAGCUGCUGAGAACUCCUCGGUAUGAAGAUUUUGAUUGGACCAGCCUAAGUCCAAAUCCAGAUCUCGCUUUUGCCUGGCUUGCGAAUGGGUUUACAAUCGAAGAGGAUGAAGCAUUCUACAAUGGGGGAAAAGCUGACUUGACGAGUUACACCCAGAUUUUCAAGUAUUUCCAUCAUUUUCGACCGUGCUUUGGAGAAAACAACGAGCUCGUGGAUUUCUACAGCAACUUCGACAAGAACAGCGCGGGGGCGCCGAUCCCAGGAGUUCCCAAGCUCGACAUCAAGCGCAUGGUCGACGGGGGCAAACGCAUCUCGUUCCUGAAACCGACACCUCCGACGUCUGCGGGCCGCCAAUUUGAACAGCGAAUGCGAGUCAUUGGUGUUUACGACAAGGGAAAAAGAGCGGGAACGGUGGUGCAAACAGAGACCGACCUUGUCGACGUUGAGACCAAUGACGUCUACACGAGAGUCGUUGGAAACAAUUUCUACAUUGGACAAGGUGGAUGGGGAGGUCCUAAAGGACCGUCGGCGGAAAUUCUCACGCGUCCCAAUCGUCACCCCGACUUGACAUAUCCUCUGAUUACUACCCAGGAGACUCCACUGUUGUACAGACUGAACGGAGACACAAAUCCACUUCAUGCCAUUCCCGAACCUGGACGUCAAAUGGGCUUCAAAGGAGCCAUCAUCCAUGGCCUUUGGACGUACAACGCGACCCUCUACGCCGUGUUGGUGGUGGUAGGUGGUAGUCAGGCUGCCAAUAUCAAGACGUUCGAAGCCAAGUUUGCUUCUCCAUUGAACCCCGGAGAUAAAGCGACCGUUCAGGUCUGGAGGCUUGGUCACUAUGAUUCGAGUGGAUUUGAAGACAUCAGGUUCGCCGUUCAAAACGAUGAAAACGGGAAGGAAGUCCUCACAAAUGGUCGGGCAUUCAUCAAGCCCGUGAGGAGCGGGGUGAUCCAUAAGAUGUAG